GCCUAGGGGAAGGCAUGAAGUUGGUAUUUUGGUAGCGCCAGAGCUACGAGAAUUUGUGGUGGAGGUAAAGAGGAUCAGUGAAUGGCUGAUGGCUAUCAAGUUGGUCUUGGGCGGAUGUGCAAUCAAUGUCGUGAGUGGCAUAGCACGGAUCCGGUGGAGGAGUUGGGAUGGGGAGAAAAUCGCAGAGUUGAUCUCAUUUGUGCAAUUGAAAGGUGUGUGGGAGUCUUGCGGGGAGGCCACUGACAUGUGGGUGCAGACUUCUAACUGCAUCAGGGAAGUUGCCAGGGAAGUGUUGGGUGUGAGUUGUGGUUCUGUGAGUAGGCAUAAAGGUGACUGGUGGUGGAGUGAUUUGGUUCGAAGUAAGGUGGAAGCCACGAAGGUGGCAUAUCUGAGGUACAUUGAUUGUUGUGGUGAUGAUGAUAAAGCAGCUCGGCUAGCGGAGUAUAAAAUUACCCGUAAGGAAGCUAAGCUAGAGGUUUCGGGGACGAAGAAUGCAGCUUUUGAACGCCUCUAGAAGGAUAUUGAAGUUUAGGGUGUUGAUAAGCAACUUCUCCGGCUAGCUAAGGCGCAAGAAAGGAAGGAACGGGAU